GCGUCGGCCACGGCUGCACGACUCUGCUAUCUCGAUCGCGUGCCUCUACGCGUCUCCCGCUGCGCCUCUGAUCGCCAAACUCCGCGCACAAUCGUCGUCCUCCGCCCCGCCGUGUGCGCACACGCAACGCGCCUCGCUCCCGCGCCCAGACGUACCGACACCACGCGCCCGCAUCAAAGAGAAGGAACGCAUUCGACAUGUCGGGCCCACCGGGGCCAGGGCCGGCGCGCGCUAUGAGCGUAGGCACGAAUGGUCCUCCCAGCGCUGGGCUCCCUCCCCACGGCAGCAUGGCGCCGCAGCAGAGUGCUGGGCCCCCGCCGCCGAGCACAUCGGGUCCUCAGUCGCAGCAGAACCUCAAUCAGAUUGUGCUAGAGUACCUGUCCAAGAAGGGAUAUGUCCGCACCGAAGCAAUGCUCCGCAAGGAAUCGGAGCCCCAAGCGAACGGACAGCCCCUCGUCAGCGGCAGUGCAGAGACCGGCGGCGCAAAAUACACAAAGUCGUUUGAGCUGCUGCGGAAAUACACAGAAGACAACCUGGACCUGUACCGGCCCGAGCUGCGGAAGCUGAUGUGGCCUGUCUUUGUGUACUCGUUCAUGGAUCUGGUGCGCGACUACUUCACGAAAGACGCCGAGACGUUCUUCGCUUCAUAUCAGAACCUUUUCGAGCGCGAUCACGGCGAUGAGAUCAAGACCCUGCGCCAGGUUCGCUUGCCGUCUCACCUCACGGAGAGCAAUAUUGCUAAGCUGUACAACGAGAACAAGUACCGCUUGACUUUGACGACGAUGCCGUUCUACAACCUCAUUCAGUUUCUGGAGUCGAAGAUGUUCGAGGGCGGCCAGGCGCUUAUGGAUAUCAUUCGGGAGCACCUGAACAUCGUCACGGUCGAUCGGACAGCUACUGCGGAGAAGAGCAUAGCUGCGAUCCUGGCAAGUGGGCAGGGGGAGGAUGAGCUGCCAGCAGAGGACGAGGGCAUCCCGGGACACAACCCUGGGCAUCCGCUGACGAGCCGCCACGAUCCUGAGGCUGACGCUGCGCGCAUUCGUCUGCAGCUGGGUCCCUACCCUCACGACCAGGAUCUGCAGGAUGAUGUCCGUGCCGCACUGCAAGAUGAGGAUGCGAAGGACGGGCCAAAGGCUGGGCAAUCGUCGCUGGUGGACGAGUAUGACCAGCGCAUCAAACGCGAACCAACAGAGGACGGCCCGUCGCGCGACACAGUACCUCUACCACCAUCUUUAGCGCGUGACGUCUCGAUGGAGGUAUCUAAAAUCAUGGAAUACCGUGAUCGUUACAAGAUGGAAGGCCGCACUGGCGGUGUUGGGCCCGCUGUCAGCGUCACCAUGUACACAUUCCACAACACCUACGACAGCAUCAACUGCAUCGAGUUCUCAGGCGACAACCAGCUUGUCGCAGCCGGUAUGGCGGAGUCGUACAUCCGCGUCUGGUCCAUGGACGGCAGCCCGCUCACAUCCUCAUUACCCGAGACGACCACACAACCGUCGUCGUCACGGCGCCUGGUCGGUCACGCCGGUCCAGUCUACGCUGUAUCAUUUUCUCCAUCCACGUCCAAGCGUGUCGAGGGCGGCCCGCCCACCAACUCCCAAUUCCUGCUGUCCUGCUCAGAGGACAAGACCGUCCGGCUGUGGUCCCUCGACACAUGGUCCUGUCUCGUCGCCUACCGCGGCCACGACAACCCCGUCUGGGAUCUCCAAUGGGGCCCGUACGGCCACUACUUCCUGACGGGCUCCAACGACCGCACCGCCCGCCUCUGGUCCACGGACCACAUUGAGCCCCUGCGCAUCUACGUCGGCCACGACAACGACGUCGACUGCGUCGCCUUCCACCCCAACAACCUGUACGUCUUCACCGGCUCCUGCGACCGCACCGUGCGCAUGUGGCACAUCUCCGGCGGCAACUGCCUGCGCCUGUUCACGGGCCACACGGGCAACGUCACCGCGCUCGCGUGCUCGCCCGACGGCAAGACCCUCGCCUCCGCCGACGACGCAGGCAACAUCGUCCUCUGGCACCUCGAGUCCGGCCGCCGCCGCAAGCGCAUGCGCGGCCACGCCAAGGGCGGCAUCUGGUCGCUCGCCUGGAGCGUCGAGAGCAGCGUGCUGGUCUCCGCUGGCGCAGACAAGACCGUCCGUGUCUGGGAUGUCCUGCAGGAGACGGCCGAGAGCGCCGGCGCCAAAGCUGAUGCGGGGAAGUCUGAUGGCGCGCUGACGACGAAAGGCGCGAGUGGGACGACCGUCUCGGCGAAGAAGGUCGGGAAGGAGACGGGGGUGAGUGCGGAUCAGAUCAGUGCGUUUCCCACCAAGGAUAGCCCCGUGUAUAAGGUCCAGUUUACGAGGAUGAAUUUGGUGUUGGCGGGCGGUGCGUAUUUGCCGCAGCGCGCUUGAGUUGAGUGG